AGCCCCGGCCAUGCCGUCCCGGCCCCGCCGUAGCCCCCGGUGACACCGCGCAGGGACGGGGCUGGGGACAUCUGAAGCCAGCAGUGAUGUCAGAGAGCGUGGCCGAGGCGCCGGGAGCCGGGAGCCCAGCGGGGCUGGGAGAGACGGGCACCAGCCAUGAGCUGCUGCAGCGCCUGCGGGAGCUGGAGGCAGAGAACUCAGCCCUGGCCCAGGCCAAUGAGAACCAGCGGGAGACGUACGAACGCUGCCUGGACGAGGUUGCCAACCACGUGGUGCAGGCGCUGCUCAACCAGAAGGACCUGCGUGAGGAGUGCAUCAAGCUGAAGAAACGCGUCUUCGAGCUGGAGCGGCAGAACCAGGUGCUGAGCGACCUGUUCCAGCAGAAGCUGCAGCUCUCCACCGGCUCCCUCCCCCAGCUGCCGCUGCACCCGGUGCCAGUCCCCCCCGAUGUCCCUGUCACCCCCCAGCCCGGCUCUGCUGAGCCCCCGCCGCUGCUCCCUGGCCUCUGUCUGUCCCUGCCCGAGUGUGUGGUGUCGCCAGGCCCGCGGUGUCCUCUGCUGUCCCCCUCCCUGGAUCUGUGGUGUCCCCAUCAUCCACGACGUGCCCGUGGCAUCAUACUUUCAGCAGGGUCCCUGCGGUGUCACCUCUCCGGGUCCAUGGUGCUGCCACCAGUGCCAUCGGGCAGCCCUGGGCUCAGCCCUGGCGCCCCACCCCUGGACGCCCUGUCCCCCUUCUUCAAAAAGAAAGCCCAAAUCCUGGAGGUGCUGCGCAAGCUGGAGGAGACAGACCCGCUGCUGGGGCCCGCUCCGGCCUCCCCCGGCUCCCCCGAGCCCUGCGCCGCCUUGGGCUGGCCGCCGUGCCCGCUGCGGGGGCCGGGGGCUGCGGGGGGCUGGCGGGGCGCCGAGGGCAGCCCCUGCUCCUCCCCAGAGGAGGGGGGCCCGCCUCGGGGGGCUCUGCUCAGCGCCUUGGCUGAGCGGCUGCUGCGAGGUGAGGGCGGGGGCUGCUGCCGGCGCAACGGGGAAGCGCCGGGGGGACCCCCACGGCAGCGGCGCGGGGAGCACCCCGCUUUCCUGGGACUCUACACGCCGGGCGAGGAGAGCCCGGAGGGGGGCUUCGUGCUCAAACUGCCGCCCCCCGCCGCGGGGCUGCGCCUCAGCCCGCAGCUCGCCCACCCCUCCAAGAUCCCCUGUCGCGGCGCCCACCCCGAGGCCUCGCCGGCGCUCAGCCGCCGCCCAUCUCCCGAUGCUCCCCCGGAGCCCGGCUCCGCCGAGCCCCCCUCCUUCCCCCAGCCCCGCACCUUCGAGGCGGUCGAGCAGCCCCCCGUGCCCCCCGCGCCCGUGGCCGGCGGGGAGCGAGCGGCCGCUUCCCCGCCCGCCUCUCGCCGUGGCGCGGGGGGCUCGGCCCCCUGCCGCCGCCCUGGCAAGAAGCCCCCCGAGCCGGGCUACCUGCCCUUCAAGGAGCGCUUGGCCGCCCUGGGCAAGCUGCGGGGGGCUGAGGGCCGCGAACCGCCCGGCCCGGGGCGGCCCGAACGGGGUCACGGCGCUGAGCUGCGCCCCCUGCCCCGGGGGGGUUUGGGGGGCAGCCUGAAGCACCCCGAGCCGGCGCACGGCGCGGAGCCCCUGGCCCGCUGCUACUCCUCGGGCUCCAUGGGCGACCCCGGCAAAGCGGGGGGAGCCAAGGGGCGCCCCGGCUCCGGCCGGACCCCAUCGCGGACCCCCCCCGCGCCCCCUGCCAAGGCUUCCCGCAGCCCUCACGGCAGCCCCACCAAGCUGCCCACCAAAGCGGGCAAAGCCGGGGCAGCGCGGGGCGAGGAGGCGGCGGGAGCCAAGGCCGGCGGGGGUCCCCACAAAACCCCCGCGGAGCCCGAGCCCGUGGGGCCGGCGCCGAGCGCCGCGGGGCACUCGGCCAUCGAGGAGAAGGUGAUGAAGGGCAUCGAGGAGAACGUGCUGCGGCUGCAGGGGCAGGAGCGGGCGCCGGGCGCCGAGGCCAAGGGCAAAGCGGCCGGGCUGGCGAGUUGGUUCGGGCUGCGGCGCAGCAAACUGCCGGCGCUGAGCCGGCGUGGGGACGGAGGGCGAGGGCGAGAGUGGGCCGGGACCCCCGCGCCCCUUCGCCGAGAGGUCAAGUUGGCCGCCCGCAAGCUGGAAGCCGAGAGUCUCAACAUCUCCAAGCUGAUGGAGAAGGCGGAGGAUCUGCGGAAGGCGCUGCGGGAGGAGCACGCGUUCCUGCAGGGCCUGGCGCUGGAGAAGGGGCGUCCCCGCGGACCCCCGCGAGGUCCCGGCCCUCUCCCCGUCAUGUACCAGGAGGUGACGGCGGAGACCUUCAUGCAGCAGCUGUUGGACAGGGUGGACGGGAAGGACGCGCCCUACGAGACCUGGCUGGAGCACAAGCGGGAGCUUUGUGACCUCCGGAGGGUCCCCCCCGACGCCAAAGAACCGCGGCUCUGCCGCCCGCCCCGCAACGGCAUCGUGGGACACCUGCGGGAGCCCUCGGACAAGGUGCCUGACGUGGGGCUCCGGGAUGAGCUGCCGUCCGACGAGAGCUUGUCCGAGUCGCAGCAUUUCGCCGCCUGCGGGUCUCUGACGCGGACCCUGGACAGCGGGAUCGGCACUUUCCCACCCCCCGACUAUGGGGGGGUCCCCGCCAAGAGCACCCCCAAACCGCGGGGCCGCCCCGAGCCUCUUCCCGGGGCCGUGCCGGCCGCGGUCACCAAAGUGCCGCGCAAGGCCCGCACGCUGGAGCGGGAGGUGCCCAGCGCCGAGGAGCUGCCGCCGCCUGGGAAACACCGGAGCGCCCCGAGCUGCCGCCUCCCGGCGCCCCCCGGCUCGCACGGACACCGCGCUGCACCCCAAGACACCGGGGAUGAGGCCAGGAAGGCGCGGCGCGUCCAGCAGAGCAAGAACUGGACGUUCCCCAAUGCCAAAGCCUGCGGUGCUGCUGACCCCUUCGUGUGCCCCCCCGGGGGGCUGGAGGGGCUGCAUCGGCCUGUGCAGGCCCCCGUGUGCAGCCCGGCGGGGCAUCGGGGGGCAUCCCCGGAGGCCCCCCCACCUCUGCCGCCCGCCUUGAGCGCGAGCAGCAGCCGGACCCCCAGCGCCUCGGACGUGGGGGACGAGGGCAGCACGGAGGCGCGCUCCCGGGACGGGGGGCACGGCCCCGCCGGGCUGGAACACUCCGAGUCCCUCAGCGAUUCGCUCUACGACAGCCUCUCCUCCUGCGGCAGCCAGGGCUGAGCCGCCCCGGCUCUGCUCCCACGUCUUCCACUCCCUCCCCGCUCCUCCCCGCUCCUCCCCUGAGGGUGCUGCCCGGACUGGGAGCGUCCCGUCGCUCCCUCUCCCGGCUCUCUCCGAUGGUGCUAUGGCCCUGUACAGCCCCCGCCGACGGGUUUUUAACUCAAUAAAGCCGCCCCCCGAGCCUGGGUUAUUUAUAGACGUGAUGGUGCAGCCGCUGUUGUCCCCCCCCUCGCCUCCCCCCAGGGACGGACGGACACACGCGGGGGAUGGAAAGAGCAGGGACGAGAGUUCGGAGU